CCCCCAAUAUCGACAUCAAAGCAGAUCCGCAACCUCAUCUUCCACAGCAUUGACCUGCCACCAGAUUGCAUUCUGUGGCCCUGAGCGAAAAGAAUUGCUUCGUUUUCAAUUUCACAGCCAAUAAUUCGAGGCCAUGGCGUCUGGUUACGACAGAGCUCUGUCGGUCUGCAGCCCCGACGGACAUGUUUUCCAGGUUGAAUAUGCCGGCGAAGCUGUGAAGAGAGGUACAUGCGCUGUCGGCGUCAAAGGCAAGGAUGUGGUUGUGCUAGGAUGCGAGAAGAGGUCUGCGAUGAAGCUGCAGGACACACGAAUUACGCCUUCCAAGAUCCAGGUCUUGGAUCACCAUGUCGCUCUGGCCUUUGCCGGCCUGAACGCAGAUGCCCGAAUCCUCGUCGACAAGGCACGAUUAGAAGCCCAAUCCCACCGAUUGUCGGUUGAAGACCCCGUUACGAUCGAGUACAUUACAAAAUACGUUGCCGGUGUGCAGCAGCGCUAUACACAAGCUGGAGGUGUCCGGCCAUUCGGCAUCAGUACCCUGGUGGUUGGCUUUGACAAUGGCAGUCAGGUGCCCAGACUGUACCAGACAGAGCCUUCUGGUAUCUACUCAGCCUGGAAAGCGAACGCUAUUGGUCGCUCAAGCAAGACGGUUCGAGAGUUCCUGGAGCGAAACUACAAGGAGGAUAUGGAUAGACAGGCUACCAUCAGACUGGCGAUCAAGUCCCUUCUCGAGGUCGUCCAGACAGGCGCCAAGAACAUUGAGAUUGCCCUCAUGGCCCCCGGCGCAUCUAUGGAGCUGCUGCCGACGGACGAGAUUGAGGGCUUCGUGAAGGAAAUUGAACAAGAGAAGCAGGAGGAGGCUGCCAAGAAGAAGACGGGACGGACACCAGGCACUGGAAGCGCUGCUAUUCUGACGAGAAGCGGCGAGGACUCUGCUGCUGAAUAAAGAAUAAAUGGGACUUGGUAUUUAUUGGAAUGCAAACAAACUUAGAGCGCAGAUGAUGCCGUAUCAACAUUUGCAGAUCUGAACAAGGGAUGCCGUAAACAAAGUUGCACCCUAUCUUUGAGGGGAAAAAUGAACUCCAAUUUAUUGUGAUGCCGUGCAACGCCGCUAUUUCUUAAACACAAAUGUAUCAUGCCACUCAGCCAAGCCUGUCGGCGUCUGGUGUUGGGUCAAAGAUGGUCCUCAUGCCAUCCUGCUUUAUUCUUUCGUCCCUUAGCAACUUGUUGUUCAUUCGGACAUCGUCGCCCUCAAUGGUCAAGGCGGCCUUGGGGGUCUUGGCCUCGAGGACGAAGUGGUUGUCGCAGUGCGGGCAGUAUUCGUCGCUCUCGUCAAACUCUUGGGCGUCUUUGCGGAAGACCUUUUUGCACUUUUUGCAGGCAAAGGUCAUUUCGAAGCUCUGCUUGAGAGGAUGGUUUUCCUGCUCUUGGUGGCACUCUGCGCAGUCGAACCAUUUCCGGCAGCAGGGUGACCGGAUGGCGACUUGGGCGUUGAGAAUAUGUUUGCACAUUGUAAAGUUAGAAGCUACAGCUUAGAGCAAUUUGUUUCUGUUGUUUAUUUCUAAUAGAGACAAUGAGAGCCAAACUUUCGGUGCUGUCCACC